AUGACUAUCCCUGAGGUGGUGAUCUUUCUCUUGGAUGUGUCCAAUUCAAUGCUUUCUCCUGCAAACCAGCUUGAUACGAAAUGUAGUUGUGCAAAAGCAGGAAUAGAAUAUUUUUUUCGCCGUUGUCACUGGCAGACUGUUGCGUGUAUUGCGUUUGCAUCGCAUUGCAACAUUUUAUUGGAGUUUACCAAGUAUCAGGACCUUUUACCGUAUGCUUUUGAUAAAUGGGAAAUCAAACCUGGAGAUUCUGAUAGAAACCUGGAAAAUGCUUUUAAUUUUGCCGAAAGACAUGUCAUCGAAAAAUUCGGGUUGAACCAGGCCUGUCAGGUCAUCAUGAUAACUGAUGAACGAUCACCACAAGGGCAUCGCUCCUUUAAAUUUAAAAACCCUCUUUGGCGAACUCACAUUAUUUGUAUGGCUAACGAAGUUAAUAAGGAUGAAGAUUCAAAAGAAACCAAUAGGAUGUUGCAAGAGUAUAGAAAUCUGCUUAAUAGACGUUUGCCUUUCAAGAUAACCAAGAACCAUCCUAAAGGCAACAUGGCUUUUGAGAAUGAGGGUGCAUUCUGUUUUAUAUCGUAUCCUCAAACUAAAGAUAAAAUUAUAAAUACCAUGGAUUCGAUUGCUGAAAAAUAUUUUUUGCCAUACAAGAGUACUCUGUUGUGUGGACAAAUAUUUUUGCCUGUUGUGAUAUAUCCAACCAUUCAUACCAUUGACGGGGAAGAUGUUCAGGAAUUGGUGAAAGUUAUUUCUAUUGUGGAAUUUGUGUCAAAAAAUUCUUUUCGAGGUGAACCUUCGCGUUACCGUUUCUGGAUAUUUCUGGACGAUGACCGUAAUGACAUUAAAGAGAAUUACAACGAAUAUUUUCAUGUACUUUGGUUAUCACUAAGAAACGAAAAUCGGAUAGCGGUUGCUUGGCUACAGGAUAAUACCUUUGCCACCAUAGAAGUUUCAACAACUCCGGAAAAUCGAACGAAUCAGACCGAUAUGUCAGUUGCAUCUGGCUCGUAUUUUUACUUCACCGUGUAUUCAAGAAAUAUUUCGAGUGAUCUGUUAUCAUCACCAACAGUUAAGUCUA